AUGACUUUGCAGCCUAGCUCCUCUUCCACAGGCGAUACUGAGUACGUUCCUAAGGGGACCGCUAUUGAAGAAUCAAGAGAAAGCGUAGACUCCCAAUCUGAGGAUUCGCUCCAUGGUAAUUCACCUCAACUAUCACCAAUCAAAGAAGUAAAUCUCAAUGAUAAGAUUCCAACUCCACCUCAUUCUUCCACUCACACGUCCAUUGACAUUAUUAUCACACCUUGUCCACCUCAUUUAACUAUUCCCGUUUCCACCCCUAUCUUCAUUGAUUCAACCAUCGCUCCUACUAUCUCCAUCCAACCUUUUGUGUGUGUGAACGUACCUGAUAUGGGGGCUGAACCUUCAAGUCUUUCAACUCAUCUUUCACCUCCUAUUUCCCAUAUUAUUCAUGAUGAGCCACACAUGGUUCUUCGUGAUGAAAAAGACGAAGAUAUUGAAGGUUUUACUUACAGUCCUUCAAAAUUAGGAAUGAGAAGGAUGAUGUGGAACACGUAG